UUAAGGCGGACGGCACCCUGAAAAAUUGAAUUGAACUGAAAACCCUAGAAAUACAGUUUGGUUUCUUCCUCCCCCAAAUUUCCCUCCAUGAAAUGGGACAUGGAAGUCGAAGAGAUCGAGGCAGUCCUCGAGAAGAUAUGGGACCUCCACGAUAAGCUCAGCGACGCCAUCCACUCCAUUUCCCGAGCUCACUUCCUCAACUCCGUCAAGUCCCUCAGAAGUUCCGGUAAGAAGAAGCCACAGCAGCAACCCAAUGACGACGCCGCCGACGAGAACCGGGCCGGCUACGUGUACUUGAAGGACUUCCGGGUCGAACACGACGAUGACUCGGCGAUUCGGGAGGCCAAGAGCCUCAAUGCGAUUCGCACCGCGCUCGAGAACCUCGAGGACCAGCUCGAGUUUUUCCAUACUGUGCAGGUGCAGCAGCGGGCUGAGAGAGAUGCUGCGAUUGCACGCUUGGAGCAGAGCCGUAUUGUUCUAGCAAUGAGAUUGUCUGAACACCAUGGUAAGAAGUACCAAGUUAUUGAGGAAGCUCUUGCCUUUGUUGGAGAUGUCUGUGAUGCAAGCCGUUUAGUUUCUCCUGAAAGUCUUUACGGUCCUCCGAUCAGUCCUUCUGGUGAGAAGUUGGUGGCCUCUGAAGGGAAGAAGUCUAACAUUUUGAUCAAAUUUCUCAUUUCAAGUAUCAAUUUUGCUAAAAGAACGCUUAAAUUGGAUAACACGGGUGGAAUACUUGGAAAUGCUGCAUUGGUGGCAUUUAGCAUGAUUGCAUUGGUGCAUCUGAAUCAAGUAGGUAUUAAGGAGCAUCCACAGAAGCUGGAAGAUAAAAUCCACAUCAACAGAAAUGCUAGAAAAACUUCACCGUCUAUUGGUCGCUACAGCAACUUGGAUGUUCUAUUAGCCAGGGGUUAGCUCUGAACUUAAAAAAAUUCUGCGGUAGGGAAUCCAGUGGUAGGUUGCCGGACUCUUGUUAUUGUCGGAUUUCUUCCCACGGAAAGUUUUGGAGAAUUUGACAAGAAGUGUGGUAACUUGUAAGCCCACCGGCGGUCCUCGCUCAAACUGUAGUGGUGACGACCCUAGCUGUAUACAGGUUGUCUGGCUUCUCUCCUGUUAUUAUUUCAAAUUCGUUGUGUAUAUCUCCAGAUUACUGAAGUCCGUCUUUCCUUUUCUUGUCUAUUGGAAAUUCAGAGUAUAUCCCAGUUAUGGUGAUACGUGAUUGUGGAUGUAUGUCAUUCAAUGGUCUGUUGCAAAUCCAAUUCACUGUCGUUUGGAGGGAAUUGAAAAGCGAUAUAUUUUCUUAA